AUCUGCGUUUGAUCCACGACUUUUUGCUUGGUGUUCAGGGGUUGCCCACUUUUGGAGCCAAGGAAUAAUGGCCAUGUUGGGUCGUCUUGGCGUUGCCGUGCGCUUGGCGCGCGUGCCUCAGCUGCACACGGCGCGCCUCGCCUCCAGCUACCAGCAGCACGCUGCCCUCCUCUCUGAGCUGGGCUUGAGCGAGCACAACAAGGGUAUCUACAACGGCCAGUGGGUUGAGGGCACUGCCGGUAACCUUGAAAGUAUCGAUCCCGCCACCAACGAGGUCAUUGCCACCGUCAGCCAAGCCUCGGUGCAGCAAACCCAGGAGACCAUCGCUGCCGCCCAGGAAGCCUGCGCCGAGUGGCAAAAGCUAACCAUGCCCGCCCGUGGCGAGAUUGUUCGCGUGCUUGGCCUCGAGCUUCGCGAGAAGAAGGAGGCUUUGGGCAAGCUCCUGGCUCUCGAAGUCGGCAAGAUCAUCCCGGAAGGCGAGGGUGAAGUGCAGGAAUAUAUUGACAUCUGUGAGUUUGCCACCGGUCUCAGCCGUACCAUCAGCGGCAAGAUCAUCCCCUCUGAACGCCCCGACCAUAAGCUCCUGGAAAUGUGGAACCCCCUGGGCGUGGUCGGCAUCAUUUCCGCCUUCAACUUUCCCGUCGCCGUGGCCGGCUGGAAUCUGGCCAUCUCCCUGGUGGCUGGCAACACCAACGUCUGGAAGGGUGCUCCCACCACUCCGCUCACUUCCGUGGCUUUGACCAAGCUCAUGGCCGACGUGUUUGAGAGCAAGGGUCUGCCGGGUAGCAUCGUGUCCAUGGUGACGGGUGGUGCCGAUGUCGGUGCAGCCCUGGCCCAGGACCGCCGUGUGCCUCUCGUUUCCUUCACGGGCAGCACUGCUGCCGGUCACAAGGUGGGCCACAUGGUCCAGGACCGUUUUGGCAAGGUUCUGCUCGAGCUUGGCGGCAACAACGCCAUGAUUGUCAUGGACGACGCCGACUUGGAAAUGGCCGUCCGUGCCAUCCUCUUUGCCGCGGUCGGCACCGCCGGUCAACGCUGCACGACCCUCCGUCGUCUCCUUCUCCACGAGGAUGUGUAUGACGAGGUCCUUGAGCGUCUCGUCAAGGCCUACCAAUCGGUAACCAUUGGUAACCCGGCCCAGGACGGCAUCCUCUGCGGCCCUCUCCAUAGCAAGACCUCGGUUGAGAACUACCUCCAGGGCAUUGAGCGUGCACAGGAGCAGGGCGGCCGCGUUCUUGUUGGCGGCAAGCGUAUCGAUGGCCCCGGCAACUUUGUUGAGCCCACCAUCAUCGAAGCCUCGGCUGAUAUGGAGGCCGUCAAGAACGAGAUUUUCGCCCCCAUCUUGUACGUGAUGAAGAUUAAGAGCUUUGAAGAAGGCGUGGCUGUCAACAACAGCGUCGGUCAGGGUCUCAGCUCCAGCUUGCUGACCAAGGACCCCUCCAAGAUUUUCGAGUGGAUCGGCCCCCGUGGUAGCGACUGCGGCAUUGUCAACGUUAACAUUCCGACCAACGGUGCCGAGAUUGGCGGAGCCUUUGGUGGUGAGAAGGAAACGGGCGGUGGCCGCGAAUCUGGCUCGGAUGCCUGGAAGCAAUACAUGCGCCGUUCCACCUGCACCAUCAACUACGGCACCGCUCUGCCUUUGGCGCAAGGCAUCAACUUUGGUUAAAAGUGCUGUCUUUCCACGUUGAUGUACGCCCUUGUGACGUGUGUGCAGCCCACGGGCUUGCGUUCUCGUGGGUAUUUCCGGCCAUGGUCAGGGACCAUCAUGCUAUGCUUGAUUCGUGCCCCUUUGUCUUCCAUCUCCUGCUUGUACAAUCUGAGCAUGAGCAGUUUUGUUGUGGCGCAGCCGCUGCUUGAACGGGGGGCUUGAUCCGAGUACGCUGGAAGAUUGCGAGCCAAUUCCAUCUUGAAAUCGAUUUCGAAUCU